CGACUUAUGCUUUUACUCUACCUUCUCUCAUCAUCCUCAUCUCAAAGAACUUACAACACAUCCAUUACCACUUUGUCUUAGUGUAUCACAUCUCAUCAUAUCUCACCCAAUUUCAGUGCUGUUUCUGAACUUGUUCAUUCUAAAAUUUUGGGCUUUGAUUGGCUUACCCUUUUGAAAACUGGUGACAAAGUUCUCAUUUUUUUCUUUGCAAACUUAAUUAAUUGGGGUCGAAAGUAGUUUGAGUCACAGUUAUUUUAACAUCUUGGUACUACUUAAGUUAAUUUCAUUCUUUUCUGUUCAAGCUUUUAAGGUUUUGAAACUAAAGGGUUGGUGGUGGGGUUGGAGGGGGAUAGGUGCCAUAAGAGAUUUGUAAAUUUCUUCAAGACGAUGAUCUUUGCAUUCAAUGGGUGCACUCUGUGGAAGUGUCACUUGACAUUUGGGAAAAAAUCUAUAGUAGACAAAAGCUUCUAUUUCUGGAUCUUUCAGAUCUUUAAUAGAUAUAGUCUUGGCACUUAGCAAUAAUUAUAAUAGCCUAAUAAUCCUUCCAAAAGAUCCUGGAAACUACUUGUUUUUUUGUUCUCUUGCUAUAUAGCUUUUGGCUACUUUUUCUUCAUCAUCUUCACAAAAAAUUUUGUGACUCUUUUAAUAUGGGAGGGGCAACACUGCCACCAGGAUUUCGUUUCCACCCAACUGAUGAAGAAUUAGUGGGCUACUACCUUAAGAGAAAAGUGGAGGGGAUUGAAAUUGAGCUUGAAGUUAUCCCUGUGAUUGAUUUGUACAAAUUUGAUCCGUGGGAAUUGCCGGAGAAGUCUUUCCUUCCAAAACGGGAUUUGGAAUGGUUUUUCUUCUGUCCAAGGGAUCGCAAGUACCCAAAUGGAUCAAGAACAAAUAGAGCCACCAAAGCUGGGUAUUGGAAAGCCACUGGUAAAGACAGAAAGGUGGUGUGCCAGUCUAAUCCAUCCACUGUAGGGUACCGCAAGACCUUAGUUUUCUAUCUUGGAAGGGCCCCUUUGGGGGAUAGAACUGAUUGGGUCAUGCAUGAGUAUCGCCUCUGCGAUGAUCUAGGGCAAGCCACACCAUGUUUCCAGGGUGGUUUUGCCUUGUGCCGAGUUAUUAAGAAGAAUGAGAAGGCAAGUGCAUCACAGGGAGAACACAAGGGCAAAAGGGCUGGAAGCAGUUCCAUCAAUGGGAGUGACACCUCAGUGAAAUUCUCUAGUGAGCCAUUCAGCAACUCUGGUGAUGCUUCCUCUCAAGCAAGUCAUCUGAACAACGAGAGCCGUUAUUCAAGCCCUAUAACUUCUCCAUACAAUGUGGCUCCAAUGGGAGAGUUUAACCAAGCUUCUGUGGAAACCACCAAUCCUUCAAACUUCUGGAUCUCCCCUGAUAUGAUUCUUGAUUCAUCAAAGGACUACUCUCAAUUACAAAAUGCCAUGGCUGAAUGUUUUCCACGGUAUGACUUACCAAGUGUGAUGGCACCAUGGCAAUCAUUGGAACAUCCAGAAACUUCAUCUAGUUUGUCCUACUCAAAUUUCAAUGGGGAGGUUGAAUUUGCUGAUAAUCUCAGUCAAAUUGGCUGCACUAGACAAUGGAAUUCCAUGGACCUUUAUGGAAAUGGGGAUGUCCCUUAUGAUGGUUAUGAUCAAGUUAACUCAAUCUCAUAUCCUGAACCCUUCUAAAAUCUGAAAAAAAUACAGAAGGAAGAUCAUUCUCACUUUUCUUGAAAUGCACGGUGUUGAAUUGCGGUCAAGGUCUAAUUUGAAGUCUAAUUUGAAGUCAAAUAAGAGGAUCCGAGAGGUGGUGAUCUUUGAGGACUACUAGUUAUCUGUAGUUUCACUUGGUGUGGCUUUAUUAGGAAUCUGAGACAAACGCCUUUUAAUGUAUGUCUUGGAGUGCUAAAUAAUGAGUAGAAUCACCUUGCCGUGUACCAGGCAGAAAUGAUUUUCUGCUUGAUGUGCUUGCUUCUGAUUAUGUUUAUCAUUUAAACUGUUAUGUAGAAUGUCCAGGCAACAUCACUUUUAUCCAUAUUGCCGGAGUUGGCUUAUAUUCAGCCAUGUGUAUGUGUGGUUGUAUAAAAUAAGGUUAUAUAAUUAAUGGAGGAAAACUUCAUAAAGCCUCAAACUCCUUUCCCCCUACUAUCUAGUGCUUUAUGGCUUUGUAUUCA